AUGCGCUCCCUGACGCUGCUUCUAUUUGCUCUGGUCGCCUCAGUGCUGGGACAGACCCUCAACCCGGUGCUGGGACAGUUCAUCUACCCGGACCUGAACGGAGACACGUGGAGGAUCGGAGACAAGAAGAAGAUUGUGUUCAACACGACGCUGAGGCAUUACACGAUCGGGCUAUGGCAACAGGCCCCGCCAUCCGCGGUGCUGGGAGACAUCGCCUUUCGUAUACUCGAUGCCAAGGGGUGGGUUAGGGAGUUCGACUGGGAGGUCCAGGCUUACGGGUUGGAUCUGUCCCUCUCUAAUGUCGCUUACUUUUGGCUGUUCGAGGGCACCGACGGCAACCAGGGGAACCAGACCCUGCGCCACAUCUCCUCGGCUACCUUCACCAUCUCCGACGGGGAUCCGGGGAGCCGGCCGGUUCCUUGCAGACCAUCGACGAUCUGGCCGGAGCCGACCAAAACUGUGGUCCUGUCAAGAACCGCGCCGGCUGGUCCCUCGAGUAACCCUCCGGCAGAGACCUCGAUGAGCCUUUUGCCGCUAUCUCCUGGGCAAUCAGAGGCCGCUUCUCCGACCGAUCCCUUGAUUACUCUGACCACGAUGCCUGUAGGGACGUCAGAAGAACCAGGUCUUACGCGGACCACAGAUGAACGAGGACCGGCGUCGACUGGAAACGACCAAGCACCCCAGACCGACCGGGCCGACAGUGGCGGAUCAUCCGCCGGCUUACCGGUGGGGGCGAGGGCUGGGAUCGGCGUCGGCGUCGGCAUAUUCGGCAUCACCUGCAUCGUCUGCGCGACGAUGCUGUAUCGGUACCUGAAGACGAACCAGAGGACUUUGGCGGAGGCGCGGGAGUCGACGAUGACGCAGCCCCCUGCAUAUUUCCACGGGAUGGCGUUCUCGCCCGUCUCGCCCAUCUCGACAGUACAGUCGCCCAUCAAAUCGAACCAUCAGGCGCCCGGAUUCUACGUCAACCCGAAGCCCGUCGAGAUCGAUUGA